AUGCUUGGUAAGAUCGCCCUCGAGGAAGCCUUCGCGCUUCCCCGCUUCGAAGAAAAGACACGCUGGUGGGCAAGUCUAUUUUCCACGGAUGCCGAAACCCACGUCAAAGAAAUCACCGACAUCAACAAGAUCCGCAUCGAGCACGCAGACAAGCAUGGCGUCGGCUACCAAAUCCUCUCAUACACAGCCCCCGGUGUACAGGACAUCUGGGACCCCGUCGAAGCCCAAGCGCUCGCCGUCGAGAUUAAUGACUAUAUCGCCGAACAAGUGCGCGUGAACCCCGACCGAUUCGGCGCUUUCGCGUAA